AUGGCCUCACAUUCAAGUUCAGUCGGAUCAGAUCCAUCGCCGCCAAUAUUAUAUUCUGAAGAUGAAGAAACUGAACCAAAAUCUAGACCGCAUAGCUCUUCGAUUUCCUCUCUGUCUGAAAAUCCCGAUGAUCCGGAUGCCGACGCAGAUGGCGAACCAGAUGACGAGGACGUGGACGCAGAAGGUGAAUUAGAUGGAAUUUAUGAAGAGGAAGAUGAAGAUGGGGAAGAAUCUCAAGGUGGUGGUUCAGAUGAUCAAGAUUUUGAUGAAGGUGAAGAAGCCAUGGAGUUGGAUGAUUCAGAGGCUGACGUCGAAUCAGGAUCGCGCAACAUCAAGCCUGUUCCUGUUCCACUCGAUGCUAAUGAGGAUAGUGGAGAAGAGAUGGACUUGGAUGAAAACUCUUCUUCAGUACAACCAUCACCACCUCCUAUUAAGAAGCCUUUGGUACUCAAACUCAAGCUUGGUAGUCAACCAACUAAUACGAAGGCUCAAACUGUGCCUGCUGAACCAUCUUCAACUGGUGAUCCCUCUUUGGCUACAUCGAAUAAUAAACGUAAAAAUGCUCGAAAACCUGCGAAAGCUACGAAGGGACGUCCAAAAGGCUCGAGCAAAAAGGCAAGCGCAUCAGCAAAAAAGAGGGAUACUGACGAAGAAGACGAAUUGGCCGGUGACGCUACAGCUUCUUCUAGCGAACAAGAUGAGCCAGCAGCACCAAGUGGAUUAUAUCAAGCUUGGGAUGAAUCAGAUGAAGGUUCGACUCAAAACCAUGGACAAUUAACCGUACGACAGCGUGCAAAAGAAUGUGGUAGUCAGGUUACUGAUCUACAAUCCUUACCGAUGACUGAUGCAAAGAAAAAGAAAGAGUUAACUGAAGCUGAUCGAGCGAUUAAAAAAGCAGAGAAAUCACGUAAAAGGAAACAUCAAAAUGAAAAGAAGUUGGAGGAUGAGAAAACGGAAACCAUCAACCGGCUGUUGAAAGGACAAGUGGGUAAGGCGGGUCGCACAGCAGCUUCUCGAGCAGCUUUGGAUGCGGAGGAAGGUGCAGCAGCGGCCCCAGCGGCUGCAAGUCCAGUAGCGCCUCGACCUUCGACCCUUCUACGGUAUACCUCCAGCAUUCGAUCUGGGAGUUAUGUGGCACAACUUAGUCUUCCGAUGGAGAUCGCUUUACCCAAGGGUAUCCUUACAGAUGGCAAUACUUCCGUAGUUUAUCCUCCUCCUCGGCCUCCACCCAAGACUUGGAAACUUGUGAAUGGAGCUCCAGCGGUGUGGUACCAUUGUAUUGAAUAUAAUUGUUGUGUCGAUGAAAGAUUAUCGAGUCUUGUACAUUACAAAGGAGAUGAAGAUAUGGAAGUGGUCAAGUAUACCAAUUUGUAUAAAUUGAACUCGUUAGGCAAAAAUGGUCGCAAUGAAAAAUUAAAUUAG